AUGGACGGACUGCGUCUGCCACCGCUCAUCGAGGAGAUGGCAGACCCCACAGGUCAGUGCGCCCCUGUGCGGGCCAGUAGGCCGGCUGAUCAUCGGACCGUUGCUCUGGUGGAGGACGACACGUGCGAUCUCAAAUUAGACAAGCCCGGCAUGGAAGAUGAGCUAACUGUCAAGGAGAGGGAGGUGCUGGAGGAGAACGAGCGGAAGAAGGAGAAGGAGGCGCAGGGGGGCGAUGCGGACGAGGAGCAGGGGGAGGAGGAGAAGGGGGUGAAGGAGGAGAAACCGGACGAUGGGGAGGAGCGGAACGAGGAGCUGACCUCCGAGGAGCAGGAGCUGGAGGAGCUCCGGGCCCAAGUCUUGCAACUCCUCCUCGAACUGGAGGAGGCCAGGGAGGUGUCCCAAAAGCAUGAGGAGAGCUUUCAGGAGAUGCAGGGUCUUCUGGAGGAUGAGCGUCUGUCCAGUGCCCACCAGGCAGAAGCUUUCACGCGGCAGAUCCAGAGACUGCAAGCCCAGCUGCGGUCGGUGCAGGAGGAGAUGGACAGCCUGGAGGAGGAGAAGGAGAGCGAGCUGUCGGAGGCGCAGGAGGAGCUGCGGGCGGCGCAGGAGGAGGUGCUGGAGCUGCAGCAGGCAGCGGAGGAGGCGGCGGCCGAGCGGGAGAACGACAUCGCCAGCCUGCAGGAGGAGCUGUGCCGUCUGCGCGCCGAGCUGCAGCGUCUGCACGCCACCACGCAGGAGUACGAGCUGGAGAUCACCACGCUGCGCGCCGAGAUCACCAUGAAGAGCCAGAGACGCGUGGAGGAGCGCAGGGAGGGUGACGUGGGCCAGCUGAAGGAGGAGUGUCGCACGCUGAAGGAUGAGUGUCAGGCGCUGAAGGAUGAUAACCGGCAGCUGUCAGAGAGGCUGCGACUACUGCAGCUGCAGAGGAAGGGGUCCAACGACGUGUACCUGGCACUGAAGGAGGAGGAGGAGCAGGAGGUGGGGGAGACGCGGGAGGUGGGCGGCGGGUUGGAUGACGAGCUGACGGAGGACCACCUGACGGGCAGCUACAUGAGCAUGACCCAGCCCAGGGUCAACUGCCGCCUGGUGGACGCCUCAAUCCAGAAGAACAUCUCCUUCGAGGGCAAGCCCGUCACCCCCACCAGCUGGAACGGGGGGUUCGGGGAGGUCUUCUCCCUCCGAGACCAGCUGAAGCAGGCUGAGGAGAGGGCUUCACAGGUGCAGAGGGAGUGUGAUGGGUUGAAGGCGGAGCUUCAGGACCUGCAGGGCCUAUACGACAGCAGUCAGCGUGAGAGGGCGGAGCUUGAGAGCGAGCUGCAGCGCUACCGUGAUGAGCUGAACAGCCUGAUGGGGAGGAAGGCACAGAGCGCCACUCCUCGGUCUGAGCCCCCUGUUCUCUCCAUCCCCUUCAUAGGAAUGAUUGUAAUAGUGGCCCUGAUUUGGUGUUGGUGGGCGGAGCUCUCAUCGUAGAGAGGAGAAGGGGAGUGAGGGAGACUGGAACCCAGUGCUGGUGGUUGCCGUGGCAGCCGCCAUGUUGCUGAUUGUCCCCGGUUUGUCCAGAGCUCUGUCCUGAGGAGCCCGCCACAUACGCACGUCCUACGGUGAUGUCACACCCUUCCCACCUCACUCCCAUUGCCUCUCACACAGAAGCCCCACCCAUUACCCCUCUGGCCCCUGAAAUCCUCCACAGAGGGUGUCCACAUUUUAAACAGGAAGCAGAAGCCUUCUCUAGUGGUACCUGUUUCUGUGGAGUGGGGAGUACCAGGCUCUUUGAAGAUUGGUUGUGGGGACAUUAAGUGUGGCUAAGUGUGGUCCCUAUGGAACAGGAUGGCAGCUGCCUGCAGGAUACUGGACAUUCAUGCUCUGCUGUGUGGUGGUGCCAUUCAAACAGAACUGUAUCCUCUUCCCUCACUGACUCCUCAUCUCCCCUCUCUGACUCUCUGUAUCCUCUUCCCUCUCUGACUCCUCAUCUGCCCUCUCUGACUCUCUGUAUCCUCUUCCCUCACUGAUUCCUCAUCUCCCCUCUCUGACUCUGUAUCCUCUUCUCUCACUGACCCCUCAUGUCCCCUCUCUGACUCUUUUACCUGCGCUCACUCGGCAAUGCUCUCCACCAAUAGGACGGGGAGACCCCCAGGGGAUUUAGAGAAGGACAUUUAGUUUUUCGCUUUUUUCUCUUUCUUUGUAUUUUCAUGAUGCACUGCUCGGCUACAUGUAUGUAUUGUUUUACUUAUUGAUUUAUUUGCCGUCGUGUGCAUUGCUAACUGGAGAAAAUGUGCCUCGUGUGUUCUCUGAGGUGUAUUAGGAACAAUGAUUUGAGCAUUUCAAUAUGUGGCAAGUUUGUUUUUAGCCACAGAGGUUAAGGCCAAAUGUGAGUUCACCCUACGGGGGAAAGCAGGGGGAUUUGAAACCUCUCAUUGACGAAAAACCUCUGAAGAGGUCUCUGUGAUAUGAGAAUGUAUUCUCACUUUUCUUUCCUCUUGUGAAUGCCUUCUUUUUCUUAUGUUGAUUUUUAGAAGGAAUGACGACGAUGUUUAACUUUAUUAUUUUAGGGCAUGCUCUGUACAGUUUCAGUAAAGCAAAAUGCUGAUGUAUAAAGUUUAAGUUUAUACAUGGAAGUUAAAUUUGAUGUGUUUUGGAUGAGGUCACAAACGUAUUUGUCUCAUGCAGUCUGGGGCAGGGGUCGACAGCCUUGGUCCUGGAGAGCCAGAGAUGUUUCUGCUAUUUGUUCCAUCUGAGCUUCAUCCCAACAGUUUGAUGGGUUUCAGCUAGAUCUAGUCAGCCUGAAUAUUCAGGUCUGAAUGCCCCCAGUGCACGAUCACCUCCAUUAAUUAAACCUGAUUAAUGAAAAUGAAUCCAGUGUUGUAGUUAUAGGGUUGGAUGGAGCAGAAACCAGGACCGCCUCUGGCACUUCAGGACCCUGGUUGCCUACCCCCUGGCAGGAGGGGUGCAAGGCAAUACAUUACGCCCCACAAAACACACACAAUCCUCUCUGAUUGGACUGAUGACAAGCCACCAAUAGUCCACUGUGAUAGGUCGUCUUGAAAUCUGAGGUUUUGGAAGGUGUUUUCAUUAAGUUGCCACUUGUUUGACAUUGGUCUUGUUUCUGAAAGUAAUCAUCAUUCCCAAGCCAGAGAUGGGAGACACCGAGUGAUGUCAGGCCUCUAUCUGAAAAAGCUAUGUUGUGUAUUCUCAGUGGCCUUUCAUAAUGUGGAUAGAUGUGUUUUCAUUAGUGAAAUGGCCUGUAUUAGGGUGACUGAGCAUUUCUUCAUUUUAUUGCUAGCAGAGACAGUGGUAUAGCACACAGUCUUGGAAAGUUGGAUUAAUAUUUGCUAGUCAUGCAAUUUAUUCUUGUAAAACAUAACAAUGAACUAAACUGGCAUUUUAUAUUUGAUCUCUAUUUAAUUAAUCUCGCUAAUUAGGUGAUUAGCUGCAAUGAUUUCUGUGUAAGGGGAAUAUGUAUGCUCAAUGCAAUCAUCUUAAAACAUGUCCAUUUUUUAAUGGAGGUCCACAUAAUUCCAAUGGGACUAUUUUUUCUGUGCAUAUGUGGAAUUUCUUGUGUAUUUUUGCUGCUUUUUGCUGCUCUUUCAUACAGUGCCCUGUAAAAUGAUCCACACCCUGGGCCAAUGCGGAGCUUUAACUGGGACCAGGCUUCAUGGUCCGGUGAGACCAAACCUAAGCUUUAUGGUCCUGGCGAUGAUCUGUGGGUUUAGUGUCGGAAGACAGAUGCUUCUGCGGAAAAGGGCGUCAUACCUACGGUGAAAUACAGGGGUGAACCUUUCAUGUUAUGGGGUUAUUUUGCAUCUAUUCGUCCUGAGGGGCUCCUGUUAAUAUCAGUGGAAUCAUAAACUCCUGCAUGUACCAAUAUAUUUGGGCCAAAAAACCUGUUACAUCCCAGUGCAAUCCCCACCCUACCUCAAAGCAAUUGGGCUAUGAUAUUAUUUGUUUACAAAUCAUGUUCCCUUUUUUGAGCAUGCAAUAUAGAUAAUUGUAUAUAUGAUUUAUUUUAUACAGCUUCUUAGCUCAUCUUUAUCAAGGGUGUGGAUGCAUUUAUAGGGCACUGUGUUUCCUGUGAUUUGUUGGCCUUUACUAAAUAAUCAAGUGGGUGUGCAAUAUUUUGUGAAAUAGAUUUCUAUUUAUUUAUUUUUAUUCUGGGGUACAAAACCAGGCUAUUCCAAAUUUUGGCACGAUUAUGCGAUGGUUUAUCUGUGUUACACAAAGUAAAGAAAUGCAUACAGUAACAAUACGGUAACAAUGUUCCGCUGUAAUCAACUGUAAUCUUUACAUACCGUAAUUCUGAAUGCUCCACACACUGCAGGUUGGAGUACAUCAUGAUAGUUAAGGGACUGCUCUGGUAGUAUGGAGCAUAAGUGCUCAAAAAAAUGUCCUGAUGGGGCUCUCAACUGCUAAAGAUUGGGCUCUACAACGCAGCAGUUAAAGUACACAAUAUGUCCAGCUAAAUAAGUCAGGAUUCAUUGAUUGAUAAGAUAGUCAAGCAAUCAAAUAAUAUGAUAAUAGCUUAAUAAAAAAAAUAAUACAAUUACAUACUGUAUAUAUUCCGCAUGCUUCAUGCAAUGUGCUAGACAGAAAAUGUUUCAUACAGUAAAUGCAAUAAUUAUCACUCUUCAAGAGGAAGUAUAUUUUUUUAGCCAAACACUUUUCCCUAAAGCCCAGGUAUCAGGAUGUGGAAGGGGGACGGAAGUGAGUGUUUAAAUGGAAAGAUAUUUUUUUUGUAAAUACUUAUUUAAAAUGGCAUGCUGACAACAAUUUUAUUUACGAAACAUGUCAAUACUAGAAAAUGGUUAUUGAUAAAAAAAAAUCCUAUUAUGCCUUUUGUCAAAAGGGAACUAUUCUGUGUAUAGAUAUUGCUUAGAUGCACAGAAAUGAUUCUUUAGUUCUCUUUUUUUUUUCCUGUCAUAAUGUUUUUGAAUAGUUAUUGAUAAUUGUACCCUCUCUGUUAGCACAUUCUUACAAUAAUUAUGCUAUUAGUAUUUUGUGAGUAGUAGAUGACCAUCUAAAACACUGUUAAAAAAACUCUUUCAACUUAAAAAGGUUAGUGUCUGGGCUGCUGGUUGUCAAGUUAAAGUGAACUCAAGCAGACAAGUUUACAGGAUUACUGUAGGCAACUUGCCUUCUCAAGUUGACUUGAUGUAACAUUGUAAGGCAGGCUGGACACUUGGAAACUUUUUUACCGUGCAAAGAUUACAUUAUUUAAAGUUAUUUGUGAUUUGACUGCUUGCAUUACAUACCUGUCCCAGUUUGUAGAAGACAACAUUGAGUCGUAACAACCUUUACAAAAUCCAUGCAGAUGGCUUAAAAAAAAGUGGCAAUUCAUAUUACGACAUUUACAAAUUACAGAUUUAUGUCAAAACAGUACUUUCACCACUCAGAUGCAUUCAGUAUAAUGGCUCUCUUGAAAGGCCUCUCUCAUCCUCUGCCCAAAAAGUUCUCGAAGCUGAGACACGAUUUAGACAGAUUAAAAGAACCACCCAGCUGACUCAUGACAUUGUUACAGUGUUGAAGUGGCGUCAUGGUGUUGAGAUAAUGGUGCUGUGAAGAUGUUGUGGGAAUGCUGUACAGUAUGUGCUGUGUGAAGACCAUUUGUUCAGACAUAGUUAGCCAGGAACACUAAAGACCAUAGUGAUGGUCCAAGCUAGGUGAAAUGAUCAAUUUUAAAUAUUUAGCUAAACCCUAAAGAGCUGUUGAUGGUGGGGGUAUGAUAUGAUUGGCAGAUGCACACUACUGUUUGUAUACAGACUGGGCCUGUGUUUAAAAGCCCUGUUUAUGGAAUUGCUGAGGUGUUCGAAAUAAUUUGAGGUUGGCUUACUGUAGAAUGUAAACUCAGUACAAAUACAGAGAAUGCCUACCAUCCCCAUCCCCUCUGAUGUCAUCUGUCAGGGACCAAUGCGUCACAGGGGCCUGAAUUGAAUCAAUCUGUCCUUAAUUUUGCCUUUCUGUUAAAUGCUCGAUUUCAACAGUUACCUAAAUUUAUCAAACACACCGUUUAAUCCUAAACCAAAGUUAAGGCCACAUUUUGAUGGAAUCCAGGCCAGAGUAUCUAUAGACAAGAUUAUACAGCCCAGCCCAAGAACAUAAUGAAAAACAGACUAAUCUUAUAUGUAAAAGCAGGCACUUUGGUGUGCUGUUUAGGCUAUGUACAUACAUUGAUUGUGUAUGUAAGUACAUAUAUGGGAUACAGUAUUGCUAGAUAUGUACUUCCAUUAGAAUGUAGACUCUUUUAGUGAAUGUCAAACAUUUAAAUAAUAUUUCAAAUGUACAUACAUAGUGAUGUCUUCCCUUAUGAUUAUUUUUCCAACCUAGUCAACUGUGACUUAAGCUUGUAUUAUGUUUACUUGUGUAAUGUAAGGUUCUUGUGAUUUUAUUUAUGGGAAAGUUCAUGAUAAUUAUAAAAUAUUUUUUAGUUUGCAUUGUAUUAUAUGUGCUUUUAAUUAAAUGGUGAAAUUAUAAAUUAUUUAUGUAUAAUUGCAGUCUUGGAAAUUGCAUCUAAAGUGCUUUAUAUUAAACACAAUAGUUUAUUGAUACUGCUUAUAAAACAAAUAUGUCAUGAUAACCGGUUUAAAAUUAGUAGUAUUCUGAUGCUGUGAGAUUUUAAUUUGAAUGCCUCUACAGUGAUUUUUGCACAGAAACGUUUAGAAGCAGCUAUUUUUGCAUGUUGGUAGACGGUAGACUUUGCAUGCAGAAACAUUGCUUGUAUAUGUAGUCGCUAUGGUUGUGUAAUAACUAUAGCUUCUAUAGUCAGGACAUGGUUAGUGUGAUUGCAUUAAAGCUAUAGUUGUGUAAUAACUAUAGCUUCUAUAAUCAGGACAUGGUUAGUGUGGUUGCAUUAAGACUAUGGUUGUGUAAUAACUAUAGCUUCUAUAGUCAGGACAUGGUUAGUGUGAUUGCAAUAAAGCUGUGGUUGUGUAAUAACUAUAGCUUCUAUAGUCAGGACAUGGUUAGUGUGAUUGCAUUAAACUGUGGUUGUGUAAUAACUAUAGCUUCUAUAGUCAGGACAUGGUUAGUGUGAUUGCAUUAAACUGUGGUUGUGUAAUAACUAUAGCUUCUAUAGUCAGGACAUGGUUAGUGUGAUUGCAAUAAUGCUGUGGUUGUGUAAUAACUAUAGCUUCUAUAGUCAGGACAUGGUUAGUGUGAUUGCAUUAAACUGUGGUUGUGUAAUAACUAUAGCUUCUAUAGUCAGGACAUGGUUAUUGUGAUUGCAUUAAAGCUACUGCAUGGACAUUCUAAUACUUCCAAAAUUCUGAGAUUGAAACAGAGCAAUACUUCAUCUAUUUAUAUGUGUAUCUGUGUCUAUAGAACUUAAAUUAGAGGUAUUCUAAAUGCUCGUCCCGUUUGUUUUUGCCGAUUUAUAUUUUCAACCCUUUUGAAAUGUCAUUAUGGCUUAUUCUAGAUAUUUAGCAUUUGAUUUGUGCAGCAUGACAAAAUUGAAUUAAAUAAUUAUUCAUCCUCUUUUACAAAGCUACAAUCUCCAAAUAAUUUGUGUUUUGUACUCAGGACGUCUGUGUCCCCAAAAACAACCCAAUAUUAUACCGUGUUUGGAGUCAGUGAACAGUAGACCCUUAGAGGUUUGAUUACAGCAAGAAUUCAAUUUAUCUAAAAUCUCCAGACCCCAGCUUUCCCCCUCUUCAAUGCUCUGUUCAGAACAACUGCAGAUGAUGAUAAUCCCAUUUCAGAUGUAGCUCAGAUCAAGAAACUUGUGUGAAGCAUACUGACUGUAUAUGCAUUUAUUCUGUUCUGUGGUUAAUACAACACUGAAACAACAACAAAAUAGACCAUAAGCACUUAGCUUCUCUGAGAGUGCUUUUGCCGACCUGACUGUUCUGUACGCACCCUAAAAGCUCAAAUAUAUUGAGAGACUGUUGUGUCUGUCUGUCUCUGUAACAUAAACCAGUUUGUACUGUCAAGUGCUCUUUCAAUUGUGUGUAUGGUUUCUAAACAUGUACUUUGCUUUCCUUUACUGAUAGGCUUUGUUGUUUCAAAGAAAAUUGUGAGUAUUUUAGUAAAAAGAAAAUGUAUAUUUUGUAAAGUAUUUGAAAAAUAAAAUACUUUAUCCUUCCUCUUA